AUGCAGAUGGUGCUGGAGGAGCGGGACCUGUGGGAAGUGACAAGCGGGGAGAUCAAGCUGGAACACCUUGCCACUACGCUGGAGCAGUCAACGUUCAAGCGCAAGUCACGGAAGGCGCUCGCGAUAAUCUGUCUUGCGAUGGAGGACUCGCAGCAACCACUGGUUCGGUCGGCAAGUGGCGCACAUGAUGCAUGA